CCAUUGUUCAAUCUGCGAGAAGAAGGUGAGAGAGUUUGAAAGGAGAUAGAUGGGGAAAGACGCAAAAGGUGGUGGUGGAGGGAAGGGUAAGGGAAAGCAAGCAAGUGGCAGUGAUGAAGCUCCCUCCAAGGGUAAAGGCAAAGCUGGUAAAGCCGCUGAUGGUCUCGGAACAUGCACUUAUGUUAAAGCGAGACACGUUUUGUGCGAAAAGCAAGGAAAGAUCAACGAGGCUUACAAAAAGUUGCAAGAUGGUUGGUUGAGCAACGGAGACAAGGUUCCUCCUGCUGAGUUUGCAAAGAUUGCAGCAGAGUACUCGGAGUGCCCAUCAGGGAAAAAAGGAGGAGAUCUUGGAUGGUUCCCAAGGGGAAAGAUGGCAGGUCCCUUCCAAGAUGUUGCCUUCAACACCCCUGUUGGUGUCACCAGUGCUCCCUUCAAAUCUACGCACGGAUACCACAUUAUCCUGUCUGAGGGAAGGAAGAACUGACAGUUUCCAUAUCUGCUCUGCUCUGCUCUUGUGGAAGUCGCUUGCUAGUUGCUUUUGUACUCUAUAUAUAAAAAACACAGCCUUUGUUGUUCUGGCCAAAAUGGUUUGCUGCAAAAUUGUUUAAAAACCGUAUGUCCUUUUGAAUAAUGAUGAUCCCAUGAUACAUUUUCGGUGUUGA